GGCUCCGCGAUGAUUCAGUGAAGGUGGUGCCUGAAAAAAAGUUGCCACGGAAACCUUGAAGGUGUGACUGUAGUGGUCGAAGCGGAGUCAGCUUUAGAGACGUUUAAAAGUGAGCCGCGGCUCUGAGCUGAAGGACAUUUUUGGACGAAGACGUUUAACGGAGCGGCGAACCUUCCUGAAGUUCCCUGUGUCGAACUGGCAGAGAGAUGUUUCAGAUAAAGAGGAUCUGUUGCAUUGGUGCUGGAUACGUAGGAGGCCCAACAUGCAGUGUGAUCGCCGAGAUGUGUCCAGAGAUCACAGUGACUGUUGUGGAUGUCAAUGAGUCUCGUAUCAAAGCCUGGAACUCAGACACUCUGCCCAUUUAUGAGCCGGGACUGAAAGAAGUGGUUGAAUCAUGCAGAGGGAGAAAUUUGUUUUUCUCUACUGACAUAGACUCAGCCAUCAGGGAUGCCGACCUCGUCUUUAUCUCUGUGAACACCCCGACCAAAACCUAUGGGAUGGGAAAGGGUCGUGCGGCCGACCUGAAGUUCAUCGAGGCGUGUGCACGGCGGAUCGUAGAGGUGUCCGAUGGUUACAAGAUUGUCACAGAGAAGAGCACAGUCCCAGUACGAGCUGCUGAGAGCAUCAGACGGAUAUUUGAUGCCAACACCAAACCCAGCCUCAACCUACACGUGCUGUCCAACCCAGAGUUCCUUGCAGAAGGAACAGCAGUGCGGGAUCUGAAGGAGCCAGACCGAGUCCUGAUUGGUGGAGACGAGUCAGCUGAAGGUCAAAAGGCGAUCAGAGCGCUGUGUGCUGUGUAUGAACACUGGGUCCCCAAGGCACGAAUCAUCACCACCAACACAUGGUCAUCUGAGCUGUCCAAACUGGCAGCCAAUGCAUUCCUGGCACAGAGAAUCAGCAGCAUCAACAGUAUCAGUGCUCUGUGCGAGGCCACCGGAGCCGACGUGGAAGAGGUCGCCAAGGCAAUUGGUAUGGACCAGAGAAUAGGCAGCAAGUUCCUUAAAGCCAGCGUAGGUUUUGGAGGGAGCUGCUUCCAGAAGGAUGUACUGAAUCUGGUGUAUCUGUGUGAGGCCCUCAAUCUGCCGGAGGUGGCUUCCUACUGGCAGCAGGUGAUAGACAUGAAUGAAUACCAAAGACGGCGGUUUGCCUGCAGGAUCAUUGACUGUCUGUUCAACACUGUCACUGGCAAAAAGAUCGCACUGCUGGGUUUCUCCUUUAAAAAAGACACUGGUGACACAAGGGAGUCGUCCAGCAUCUACAUUUCAAAGUAUCUGAUGGAUGAGGGUGCCAAGCUGUUCAUCUAUGACCCCAAAGUUCUCAAAGAGCAAAUCAUUCAUGACCUCUCCCAGCCCAACAUCUCAGAGGACAACCCAGAAAGAGUGUCCGAGCUGGUUACUGUAACUUCAGACCCUUACGAGGCUUGCCAGAGUGCACACGCACUGGUCAUCUGCACUGAGUGGGACAUGUUUAAGGAACUGGACUAUGACAAGAUUUACAAGAAGAUGCUGAAGCCAGCCUUUAUAUUUGACGGUCGCAGAGUGCUGGACCACCUUCACCAUGACCUCCACACCAUCGGCUUCCAGAUCGAAACCAUUGGUAAGAAAGUGACGGCAGCACGAAUCCCCUACACCCCGGCAGCUGUUGGCGCUCGCGUGCCUGCCCCUGAACCUCCCACCAAGAAGAAAGUCUGAAAUGAAUUUUACCUCCACACACUACCUGCAACACAUUCCUCUCUCAGCCUUUUCGUAGCUGGUUUACAUUUAAAUCCCGUCCCACCUCUUUGGCCCAGAUCAUGAAAAGAGCCAAACGGUGCGUCUGAUUGCUCCCCUGUAGUGAGUUGGAUGAGAGGAAGAAGUCGGUUGAACAUUGAAUCAAAAAUUGUGUGAAUGUUUUAGAAAGAAUCACAUUAAUAGAUCAUUCCAAAUAAUUUUUUUUUUUUUUUUUUUUUUUACAAUCCAUGUCAAGCAUUACAGACACAUGAUCCUGUCGUAUUAAUUUUAAAGCAACGCUAUUAAUGUGAGUUUACUUUCUUAUUCUAUCAAUUAUAUAAUCAAAUAUUACAAUUUUUAUACAAUUUUUAAAACUAUUUUUAUAUAUCAACUGUAUGUUAAUCAGUAUGUUUUCUGAACUUAUGGCCGUUUACAAAAAGAGGCCAAUGCAAUAAAGUAUUAUGUUUAUCCUUAA